AUGAUAACGGAUGAUCAAUUAAAUACCAUUGCUUUGACAUUUGGAUUUGCUUCUAUUAUUUUGAUAAUAAUAUACCAUGCCAUCUCAAUUAAUGUCAAACAAUUAGAAACAUCAAAAAGUACAGAAAAAGCCGCAGUUGAAUCAGAAAUUGCUGCUGAAGAACUAGUUGCCGGUAAAAUCUCCAAGAAAUAG